AUACCCAUCCUCAACAAGUUCAAGACCCCAUUCAAUAAGUAAUGGUGAGACUAUCUGGGCUUCAGAAAGACGUUCUAUCGCUCUACCGACAAUGCCUGCGAGCCGUAAGAGCAAAGCCGAACGACGUACAAUCGCAUUUCCGUGAUUUCGCAAGGGCCCAGUUUCACAAGCACAAAGAUGUUGGGAAGAAGGACUUUGGAACCAUCGAGUACCUACUCCGGAGGGGACGGAAUCAAUUAGAGUCAUGGUCUGAUCCAGGAAUCCGGGAUAUCCACAAGUAGUGAGAGGAGUGCGUGGUGCACGAGCUCCACAGAGGAUGACGCGUAUUGCCUUUGCAAUUGGGACAGCAGUCGACUGCCACGCGGCAUCAAUGCUUCUCGGAAAAAGAACACAGCGCAAGCUUCGUAUUGAUGUUAUCAAAUGGUAUUGACAAGAAGUGCUCACGAG